AUGACUGUUUGGAGCAGCAUAAUUGGGCUGAGAGUACACCCCCUUGGAGGUUCCAUCUCUAGCAUUUUAAUUCAUGUUCGUUCUGCCACGAAGAAAGCUGCGGGCUCGAGAACAUCCAUGAAGGACUCCGCAGGUAGAAGCUUGGGACCAAAGAAGCACGAAGGUCAGAAAGUUAAGCCAGGUGAGAUUCUUAUGCGGCAACGUGGUACCAAGUUUUUUCCUGGUGAAAACGUCGGUAUCGGCAAAGAUCAUACAAUAUUUGCCUUAGAGCCAGGUUACACACGCUACUAUCUCGAUCCGUUCCAUCCAAAGCGUAGAUUCGUUGGUGUAGCUCUAUAUCCAGACCUGAAGCUUCCCACUCCCCAUUUUCAACCUCGCGUUAGAAGGUUUGGCCGCCAAGUGAUAGGGAAUCCUGAAGCUGCCAAAAAAGAAGAGAGCUCUCUAUCUCGGCAGCAGUUCCUAGCAAAAGAUGCUUUAAUAAAAGGCAUGAAAGAGCGCGAACUUAGACGGAACGCUCUGCGGGUUGAAUACGCCAAAAUUCUCACUGAGAAAUUGCAGCUAAACUUUGAAGGUGAGCAAAUGGAUUUAGCCACGCUCUACUUGCUGAGAAUGCGCUCCUGCAUAAAGAACGGGUACAGAUUACAAGACUCUCAGUAUAAUUCCAAGUACUUUUUAGAACAGGAGAUUGCUCUCAAGGCUAAGAGGGAAGCAUGGGAUGAUUCUACAUUAAAGCAUCAAAUGGAAGGGCUGAACAAAGCCACCGAGAAGGUGAAUACCUCUACGUCUUUUAACAACCGGUUGGAACUCACGAAAUACAUAAGUGAAGCCGAACGCAGAGAAAAUAAAGCGAAAUUCAUUGAGGAUCUUGCAAACACAACACUGAUGACUAGAAAAGAUAAGAAAAAGGUUGAGAGCAUGUUUGCGGAUGCGGCUGACUUUUUGUCCAGAUCAGAAGAGGUUCAUUUGCGGAGAAAGUUUUUGAAACCCGUAAAGCCAGAAACCGAUGGCUUAGCACGUAGUGAUGGGAAGAAGGCCAUUUCAACGAAAAGAUUUAACUACGCCAAAAGGUCAAUUGAAGUUAUCGUUAGGCCUAAAGCUGCUUUCCUAAGCAAGCUUUGA